AUGCUAUACACCGGGGGACGCGAUGGCCUCGUUAUUUCCUGGGACCUGGGCGUACCGAUGACGCGUCGUGCGCAUCGCUACGGAUACGGCAAGCAGCGGCAGAGCAUGCGGCGGUGGGAGGUCAUGACGAACUGGGCCGACGACAUCAUCGAAGAGGAGGACGAGGGCGAGGAGCCGCGGAGCGAUGGCGAUGUCUUGGGCGAGGUCACGGGCAAGAAGAAGCGCAUACACACCGACAAGUCGAUUUCAUACGAGGAUGAGUGGGAGACGGAUGUGGACGCGUACCAGGCGUUCAAGGCUCGCCCGCCAACAAGCAGCUUUCGCCAAGCUGUACAGAUGCACUCCGACUGGAUCAACGAUAUAUUAUUGUGUAAUUAUAACCAGACUCUCAUAUCCGCAUCCUCCGAUGGUACCAUCAAGGCCUGGUCGCCCCAUGCCCACAGCUCUUCUAGCUCGUUAUCUGAACCCACUGUAGUUGGUUCACACACGGACUAUGUUCGCUGUCUUACACACAGUCGUGAACAGCAGUGGUUCGCGUCCGGAUCCUUCGACCGCACCGUUAAGAUCUGGGAUCUUCCUUCUGCGCAUAGCAAGGUCGAGCCCCUGCUUACGCUUAAUCCACCAGAUGCCUCCGGCCCGAAAGCGUCACUGUACGCUCUCGCGACUGACCCGUACGGGACAGUCAUUGCGUCUGGCUCACCGGAACGCGUCAUUCGCAUGUGGGAUCCUAGAUCUGGAAAGCGAAUCGCCAAGCUUGUUGGUCAUACUGACAACAUACGGGCCAUUCUGGUCUCAGACGACGCCAAAUACUUGUUGACUGGAUCAGCGGACGCCUCCGUCAAACUUUGGUCCCUCUCAUCGCAGCGCUGCCUGCACACCUUCACUCACCACACCGAGUCCGUCUGGUCCCUCUUCUCAACGCACCCAGCACUGGAAGUCUUUUACUCGGGAGACCGUUCCGGCAUUGUGUGCAAAGUUGACGUUGAAGGCUGCGCCGACGUCGCCGAGGGCGAAUGCAUCGUUCUCUGCCAGGAUGCCGGUACAGACCGCCCGAACUCGCCUGGUGCGGAAGGUAUCAACAAGAUUGUCGCGAUGGACGACAACCUGCUCUGGACGGCUUCAGGGAGCUCGAGUGUCAAGCGCUGGCGGGUACCUCAGCGUCGCGCUGUUCGUGCGGCAGCACUCAGCACGGAGAGCACAGUCGACAGCCCCGUGUCCUCCACCCAGCCCGUGGAAUACCAAGGUUGGCACUCCGGCAGGAACGAUUCCCUGGACCUUCCGCGUGCGAUCUCUCCGCCACGCUCCCACUCCAACUCUCUAUCACACGACCUGUCAAACUCGCGCAGCAGCAGUCCAUUCGCCACACGCUCCUCGCGCGCUGACUCCAUACCUCCCUCUGCAACCGCCAACCUGCACGCAUGCGACGCGCUGGGCAUCGAUCCGACACAAGAGGGCGAGUCCUCGUGGUACGGAAUCCCGUUCGAGUCGCUCGUGCGCCUCACCUCACCCAACGAUACCGGUUUCGGGCUCACGCGACGGGGGCACGACCCGGAAAUCGCCACGCUUUACUCAGCCGCGAGCGUAAUGAGCGUCCCGCGCAUGGUGCGCUCCCCGACGCUCGGUCUCUCCUCCAACGGCCUCAUCCCCUCUUCCUCCGCCAUGAUGCGUAGCGCGAGUCCCGCUCCAGGCCUGCCCGAGCCACACACUCAAGGCUCAUUUCCGCCUCCCGCUCCGGGCGCGAUGGCGCGCGCGGCGUUCGACCUUCGCGAGGUCGCCGCGGACGCGGUGCCUCUGCACACCGAACCGGACGAGGAAAUCGCGGGCGAGCAGGGGCUUGUGCGCUCCGUGCUGCUCAACGACCGCGUGCACGCCCUGACAGUCGACACCGCGGGCGAGGUCGCGGUGUGGGACGUCGUGCGGGGCGCGUGUCUCGGCCGGUACGCGCCCGCGGACGUCGCCGCCGCCGUCACGCAGAGCCACGGCUCGCAUGGGGGUAGUGAUAGUGGGAGCGGGGGUACGGCGGAGCGCGCCAAAAGCCCGCGGGAGGCGCUCGAGACGGUGCGCGAGCGGAUCGAGGGCGAGGCGGUGGUGCCGACGUGGAGCGCGGUGGACACGAAGACGGGGGUGCUCACGGUGCACUUGAGCGAGCGGUGCUUCGAGGCAGAGGUGUAUGCGGAUGAAGCAGGGUAUGGGCCUGAGAGGCAGUUCAGCGAGGAGACUAGGCUGAACGUCGGCAAGUGGGUGUUGAAGAAUCUCUUCCACGGCUUCAUCCGCGAAGAGCAGCGACAGUCAUCACGCCGCGCGCGCUCGCAUGAUGGCUCUAUCAACGAUCCACACGCCCGCAUGCAGCGCUACCCCACGCAAAUACACGUCGAUUCUGCGUCCUCUGGCGCGCGCAGCCGCUCCUCCUCCGAUGUGUCCAUUGACCCUCACCCAAGUCAAUACAACCGUCAUCCGCACUCCCGGAGCGCGACGAUUGUCGUUUCCCCGAACAUGAUACCGGCCGCACCCCCUCCCAUCUCUGCAGCCCCCCGAUCCUCGCCACUUAUGGCGCCCCUCAUCCCUCUCCAAGGCGGUCUCCGCGACAGCUCCGGGCUUUCCCCCAUCCCCCAAUCCCCCACCGUUUCCGACACGCCUGGCUUCCGCACCACCACGGCGCACCAGCAGGAGGGAAGCACGACUCCAGCCGCUGUCCCGCCGCCGAGCGUCAGCGCGACCGCGAGCAACGGGAGCUCUACCGGUGGCGGGGACUAUUUCUCCCUUCGCGCGCGGCGUCCAUCAGUCUCCGCAACCCCCGCGGCUGUAGGAAAUACCGCGACGCCUGCGGACGACUAUGGCGCCUGGGCGAACCCGGGGCCACAUAUGGCGAUAGGGUCUACUCCGGGUACUGCGAGUCCGGCCAUGGGUGCGUCGAGACCGGGGACUGCGGAGGCGGUUAUGCCAAACACCCCGAGCACGCCCACUGUGGGGAGUCUGAUGGGCCGGUUGAAGGCGUUUGGGAAGAACUCGAGAAAGCAGCCGAGCGAGACUUCUGGUGCAACGGCCCCAACUGACGCAGGGCCCACAGCGUCCGUCGGUGGCGGCUCGACCGAGGAGACCCCAGCGCCCCCGCCCUCCGCUGGACAAGCGCUGCUCGCGGGGCCUAUUACCCCACCUUCUUCGUCCGACGCCCCACCGCUCCCGCUUCCGCCACACACCGCGCUCGUCAUCUGCGAAGAGGCGCCCUCGGGCUGGAUGACGCUCUAUCGCGGUAACGUGGGCAGCACAGGCGUCGAUGCACGCGUGCUCGAGGACGCGAUGCCGCUGUGGCUGCUCGAAUGCCUGUUGCAGAACAAGACACCAGCGAUUCCGAUCACGAAGAUCGGAUUCGUGCUGCUGCCGCACCAGGAGCCGGAUGGGGAGCUGCUUCCGGAGCUCUUGAAUACCGCGCAGUCGAAGCUGACUGCGAGCCGGUUCCUGCGCGUCCGCAAACUUACUCACCAUGUGCAAGACAAACUCGAGAAGCUACAGAACGGCACAUCGUCGCCCGCCCCGCUCUCCACUCCACGCUCGUCGCUUGACCGGCGCUCGAUCGCGUCCGCACACGCGCACCACGCGCACGGCCGGCCACGUGCGGACGAGCAGUUCGAGAUCCUCUGCAACGACGUCGUCCUCCCGCUCGACAUGACGCUCGCCGCCGUGCGCCAGUUUGUGUGGCGCCAAGGCGCGGAGCUUGUGAUGCACUAUCGGCGCAAGCCUCAAACCCCGCCGCCGAUGCCCAACACGCAUCCUUGA